CUUAGCCAACACGGAACAGUGGACAGCAAGUAAUUUGUCGAACAGAUCAAGGCGUGUCGCUCAAGCUCUCCAUUGGAACACCUUGUUAUCUGACAGGGCCUAAGAAGCUAUACAGCUUCGCAUCAUUCCUCUGCUGCAACACCUUAUUUGUUUCCUCUGCGUUUCAUGCAUCACCGGUCUCGUUUGUUGGCGACUGUUGCCUUCUUGCGCAGCGGUUGGUAGGAUUAUGGCUAGCCAAGAGGUCCCUCUUUGAUAAACUUUUGAAAUCCCGGUAAGUGCCAAAUUAAAGAGAGUGUGUCGUUUGUCAUAUAUCGGCGCCUACUGGUACAUAGGUUGCUAAUCGGAUAGACGCACACCUUGUCACAAACGUGCUGCACCUCCGGACGCUUCACUGUCUCUUACAAAAGUCUCAUAGACUGGGAUAAUUCCGCGACGGUCCGCGCCACGCUCUACUGUAAUUAUGAAAUAUGUAGCCUGCUGGACCAAAGCAUGCGCGGCACGCCCACCUCGCAACAAACUUGCGCGGGCCAGCUACUGCUGCCGCAAAAUAGCACAAGCAACACUGGCUUCAUCCUUGAGUCAUUUGCUUCUUUGACGCCCCGCCUUGCCCCGCAUGCUUCUCCAACAUCCUCGUCACAGACCAAGCAGACGGGAUGUAUCAUCCAGGGGCUCAGGCAGCUUUCAUGCUGGGUCAUCCCUUCCUGGGCGACCUCUACAGCAGGGGCGAUGCGCCCCACCUGCCGCCCCAGCUUGCCCAGCUGCACCACCCAGCUGCCGCCUUCCUGCCCACAGCUGCACCACCAACGAAUGUGAUGAUGAUGCCACAGCAAUCCGCUCCGCACCAGCUGCUUCCCUACGCGCCGCAAGGCUUCCCGCCGCUACCUCCUCCAUCCACGAUGCCCCUGCUGCCCUUCCUCCCGCACCCAAACAACACACUGUUUCCACAGCAGCAGCAGCAGCAGCAGCUGCAACCGCCAGAGUCAACUUGGCUGAUGCCGCCGUUGCAGCAGCAGGCAGCAUCCCAGCAGCCACCUGUACGGCAGCAAGAGUUGUCACCACCACCACCACCACUACCACUACCACCGCAGCAGCAGCACCAGCACCAGCAGCUAGCGCCCCCCUCGUGGCCGCCGCCGCUGCUAGAUCCGGAUACGGCGCGAACCGCAGGACGAGGUGGGGUGGCCCCAGCAGUCACGGAGGCGGCAGCACCGCCGCUGCAGCCAGACCCGGAUCCCUCGCUGCCGCUGCCAGGUACGGAUCCGCCACCGCCGCCGCUGCCAGGUCCUGAGCCGUCGCCGUUUACAACUGCGGCGCUUCCACCGCCUCCGCUGCCUGAAACCGCACCGCCACCACUACCGACGGCACAGCAGCAAGAGGAGCCCACGUCGCUACCGCCGCUGCCGCCGACAGCAGCGGCGCCCCCGCCACCUGCAUUGCGGCCGUCCCUACCUCCGUCAGCAGCAUCACCCCCAACCCCAGCCGCAGCAGCAGCGGCAGCACUACCCGCCUGCCUGGUGGCGGAGUUGCGGGCGCUGGUGGAGGAGCGUGACCGGGACUGGCGGGGUCCGGGAGGGGAGCAGCCCGUCACGCUGCACCCCGGGCUGCUGCGGCCGCUCUACCUGCCGUACCGGCGGCUGGCGGAGGCGUGGGAGGUGGUGGCCUUCUGGCGGCAGCAGCUGGGCUGCGGGGGGGAGCUGCAGCCGCUGCGGGGGCUGGUGCUGCGGCUGCACAGGCGGGCGGAGGAGCAGAAGGAGGAGGAGGAGGGGGCGACACCUUCUUCGUCCGCUGCUGCUGCUACUGCUUCUGGGAGGAGG